CGUGCCCGGCUGCCUGCACGGGAUCCCAGCGCCACAGCGGGGUGGGGGGCAUCCAGCCCCCGACAACCCCGUUCCGGAGGCAGACAGGCUGCGGAGGCUGGAGAUGGCGUGUCCCCUGGAGCAGGCGCUGGCUGUGAUGGUCACCACCUUCCACAAGUACUCGGGGAAGGAGGGCGACAAGUACAAGCUGAGCAAGGCCGAGCUGAAGGAGCUGCUCAACAGGGAGCUGCCCAGCUUCGGAAGCAAGCAAAUGGACGAAGGGGAGUUCAGGAGGCUUGUCAACGACCUGGACCACGACAAGGACAGCGAGGUGGACUUCAAGGAGUUCGCCUGCUUCCUGGCCUGUGUGGCCAUGGGCUUCAAUGAGUUCUUCAAGGACGCCAAGCAGCCCCGCAAGAAGUGA